AUGGCAGUCUCUAUCGAGCUGGCGCAAUUCCCUCGCGAUAUCGAGGCAAUCCAUACCUUGUUCUCUGGAUACGCGGCAUCAUUGGGUAUCGACCUCACCUUUCAGUCAUUUCAGAACGAGCUUGAUUCUUUACCGGGAAAAUAUGACGAAUCCCAAGGGGGGGCCUUGUUGAUUGCUCGAGCACACCGAGACAGUCGACAAGACGAAAUCGUUUCUGGUUUCUCCACAUCCAAUCCGCCAACCCCACAUGCCCCUGUCAUAGGGUGCGUGGCGCUCCGGCGGAGCUCCAACAACUGGUGUGAGAUGAAACGCCUAUAUGUCCUCCCUGCAGCAAGAGGUUUACGGCUUGGCGAUAAACUCGUGGUCGCCAUCCUCGAGAAAGCAAAAAGCUUGGGUUACAGUGGUAUUCGGCUCGAUACGCUGCCAGAUAUGAUCGCGGCUCAGCGCCUUUAUCGUCGGCAUGGGUUUGUGGAGAUCGACUCGUAUUAUGAUACACCCAUCGAGGCUACAAUAUUUAUGGGUUGUGAAUUCAGUCGUUUAUCUUAA